AUGCGUCUACCAAGCUUUCUUCUUGCCCUGCCCCUAGCAGCGGCGACAAUUCAGGACGUUAUCCAAGCCCGGGAUGACGAGAAUGCCGGAGGUACUCCGUCCCCGGUGAUCAAAAGGUUCAUUAUUGAGGCAGAACCGGGUACCCCGUUGGCCGACCUGUCGCGGAAAAUUGAGGCGAACGGUAUCAAGGUCUUGAAAGCUUUUGACUCGGAUGUCUUUGCUGGGCUCAGUAUCGAGACCGAACAUGAAAAUGUGGACUCUCUGCAGGAGGUCACCGAAGUAGCACGAGCUUGGCCUGUCAACAGGUUCAAGCUAGCAGCUGUCGACGUAUCUACCUUAAGCCAUGAUGCCAUGGCCGGGAAUUGGUCUGUACACCAGGCCACCGGGGUAGACAAGCUUCAUGAGGCGGGACUAUUUGGCAAAGGUGUCAAGAUUGGUGUCAUCGACUCAGGGAUCGAUUACAAUCAUACAGCACUUGGUGGAGGAAUUGGGCCUGGGUUCAAGGUCAUCGGUGGUUAUGACUUGGUUGGCCAGAAUUACAACGGCAAGAAUGCCAAGGUGCCUGAUGAUGACCCAAUGGACACAAUCGGUCACGGUACUCAUGUUGCUGGCAUUAUUGCUGCCAAAAGCGAGCAUAAUGUCGGUGUUGCGCCAGAGGCGACGUUGCUGGCAUUCAAGGUUUUCGGAGCUGUCGACAUAAUUACAGCAAGUGUGGCUCGCGCAGCGGGCUUUUCUGACGGUCCAUGGGCCUCGAUCUGCUCGAGAAUUGUUGACAAGGGCGUUGUCGUUACCGUUGCGGCGGGAAACGACGGAGAAAACGGACCUUUUUACGCAAGCAGUGGCUCCUCUGGAAACAACGUAUUAGCUAUCGCUUCAGUCGAAACAGGUGUUGUUCCUGCGCGUCCGUGGAACGCAAAGUUCUCACUUGACGGAAAGUCCGACAAUGUGCAGCUGGGCUACAUCCCAUCCGUCAACCGCCCUUUAUGGAACAUCACCGGUCUGCCAAUCGUAGCCAUCACUCUCAAUGCAUCAGUAGCAGAUGACGCCUGCAAACUUCCAGCCGAUACACGAGACCUUUCCGGUUCUGUUGUUCUCGUUCGGAAAGGCACUUGCAAUCUGUACGACAAGCAAGACAAUCUGGAAAGGUUUGGUGCUCGUUGGAUUCUCCUCUACAACAAUAACGACAGGCCGUUCUCGACAGUCAUGACCUCUACCCGCAAGUCUCAGAUGGUCAUGAUCGACUCAAAGACCGGCGCCACUAUCAUCGACGCCAUCAAGGCUGGGGCUAAUGUCACAGUCGACUUCACUGUCCCCAGAGAUGACUCUUGGCGAGUAGGUUUUAAUGACGUUGCCAGAGGUAUCCCUUCCUACACCACGAGCUGGGGAGCCACCAACGAACUGCAAAUCAAGCCAGAUGUUGCCGGUCCCGGUGGCAAGAUUUGGAGCACUGCGCCCGGUAAUAAGUUUGCGCAAAUGAGUGGAACCUCAAUGGCGACGCCUUACAUCGCUGGAGUGGCUGCGCUGUACAUUAGCAAGUUUGGGGGCCGUUCUGUUCAUGGAUCUGGAUUUGCGAAGCAGCUCGGAGACCGCAUCAUUGCCAGCGGUACUUCGGUUCCCUGGCAGAUUUUCGAAGCAGUCGGCUUGCCCAAAGACUUUGGCUUUCUUGCUCCAGUUGCUCAGGUUGGGUCCGGCUUUAUUAACGCCACGAAGGUCUUGGAGUAUCAGACAACUCUGUCGUUCGAAAGGUUCAACCUCAACGACACCAAUAACUUUGAGCGAUACCACAAGGUGGACAUCACGAACAAGGGCGAAAAGGACGUCACCUACACCUUCCGACUUGAGCCGGCCGGUGGCUUUAAUGCCCAAGGGCGUACUCCUGGUCUCCUUGGCGAUAUCCUCGACACGCGCCCGAGUAACAUGGUUCCGCGUGUGACCUUUCCAAGUGGAACCUUCCGCGUGCGAGCGGGCGAGACAAAGACAGCCCAGUUCAACUUCAUGUACCCCGAGGUCGCAGAUACAUCUCUGUUGCCAAUUUACAGUGGCAAAGUCAUCAUCGAGGGAAGCAAUGGCGAGAGUCUCGGCAUACCAUAUCUCGGUGCGGCUUUCGACCUCAAAAAGAGCCUCAGGCGUAACCUGUUCCCGGCAUCUUACCCCUCCGCUCGCAGUGGCCCGAAGGGGGAGGGCAUCGACAAAUACCACAGCUUCGCCUUCAACACAAGCAGAGCAGCUCAGGACUUCCCGAAAGUCUAUGCCCAGUUCCGAUGGGGAGUGAAGGAGCUUCGCUGGGACAUCUAUGAUACAAACUACCAGGAAAAGAACUGGAAGUACCCUCCUGUCGUGGGCCAGAACGGCUACGUCGGCUCUGCCACAUUCUCUCCCUAUGCUUCUUCCUUUAGCAAUUUCGAUCCGGCCACGAUGGACAAGAAUCGUGUCCUUCCUUUCCCCGUAGGUGAUAUUGAACGUACCACGUCCUGGGAGGAAGCCACGGAACGGUUCUGGUGGCUAGGCAAGCUGGCCAACGGCACAGACAUUGCGCCUGGCAAUUACACGUAA